AUGCCGCCCUUCAAAGUCAAGGCGGUGUACGAGUACGAUUCGCCCCACCCUGGCGAUCUGCUCUUUCCCAAUGGCCAGAUCAUAACUGUCACCGAGGAGGAGGAUGACGAUUGGUAUGUGGGCGAAUACGUCGACGACAGCGGUAUCAAGCACGAAGGAAUCUUCCCCAAGAACUUCGUGGAGAAGGUUGAGCCGGCGCGACCGCCGCGACCUAAUCGUAAAUCGUACGUACCCGAGCAGCCUGCCGCCCAGGUAGCUCCUCCAACGCCCGAGGUACCACAGCAAGAAGCUGGGCCGGUGCCAGAGGAGCAACCAGACCCAGAUUCUCCCAAGGCCCAGGCGCCGCCGCCUGUCAAGAUCCCAGAUCAGACCAAGUCGCAGCCGUCACCCCUUUCUCCAACCUCCGCACACAGCGCGAAGGCUCAGGAAAUGCCGCAAGACCCUCCGCCAGCUCCUAAGCCAGCUCCAGCCGAGCCAAACACUGCUGCCCCAUCGAAGAAAGCACCUCCGCCAAUUGCUAAGAAAUCGGACGCUUUCCGUGAUCGAUUGGCCAUGUUUAACCAAGGCACUACGGCGCCGCAGCCGUUCAAGCCUUCUGCCGCCCCUUCCAGCUUCAUCAAGAAGCCUUUUCAGGCUGCAGCUCCGAGGCCUGAUGCAUACAUUCCUCCGCCCCGCGAUAUCCCCCAAGUGAAGACAUACCGCCGGGAGGAAGACCCGGAAAUUGCUGAACGCCAAGCGAGAGAUCAGGAAAUUGCCGAGCGUGCAGGUUUGUCUGGCCAGAGCCCCACUGCCGGGAACGAAGGCGAAGAAGAAGAUCAGCCGAAGGUUCUGAGUCUAAAAGAGCGCAUGGCUCUUCUACAAAAACAGCAGCAGGAACAGGCAGAGCGUGCAGCUACAUCUCACAGAGAGAGGAAACAGAGACCUCCUGUAAAGAAGAGAACAGAAUCACAUGGUCAAAUGGAUGAUCAUGAUGGAGCUAGCCUCGAGAAGGUGGCCAGCGGUGAGCCGAGAGAGCGCGGGUCUAUUGAUAAUGCUCGGCCGCCACGUUCUUCCACUGGGCUCAAAUCGCCCGACAUUCAUGCUAAUCGUGAACUUCUGAGUGACGCCAAUGAUGCCGACCAGUCCGGCGCCGGCGAGACGGAGGAUGCCGAGGGUACAUCAACAAGCGUCGAGGACGAUGAUGAGCGCUCUAGACACAAAAUGCCGUCAAGAGCUACCACCGCGCCUACCAAAGAGCCAGACGUUGGCGACGAACAGGAUGUCGAGGAAGAAGAGGAAGAGGAGGAAGACGAAGUGGAUGCCGAGACUCGGAGAAAACAGGAGCUGCGCGAGAGAAUGGCACGAUUGGGCGGUGGCUUCAAUCCGAUGAUGGGCGGAAUGAAUCCCUUUGGUGCUCCAAUGGGAGCUCCUCUGCCACCUAAAAAGAAAAAGGCUUCCGAGAAGAAGUCGACCGACGACAGCGAGCAGCCAAAUCUUCCGCAGCAGCGUGUACCCAUGUUUCCUGGCAUGCUGCCGGUCAGGAGCCCUGAAAUUGAGAAUAAGCAGCUUUCUGUAGAAAAGGAAGAUGAUAAUCCCCACCCCAUCACCAGCUCACAUGAGCCAGAGGAGGUACCUGACGUCGAAGACGUGACACCACAACAGUUGCUGCGAACGCCGACCGCUGAGCAGCCGCCUCCCAUCCCAUCUGAGAGGCGACCUGUGCCGCCUCUUGUUCCUGGUGGUGACCACACAAUUGAUCGUGCGGUUCCUCCACCUGUCCCUGCGUCAUCUCGACCUCUACCUCCUCAUCCCCCAAUUCGGUCGCCUAGCCCCGGCUCAGAAUCUGGUGAUGAAAUCUCAGAUGCUCCUCCUCAAUCAGCGACAUCUCCUAGAACACCGUCAGCCCUGCCACCAUCAAAACGGAGCUCUUACCUUGCAUCAGAUGAGCUGUCAGGAGAUUCUCCUGAUAAGCGUGUGGUGCCGCCAAUCCCAAUGGGCAGCCCACCAUUCUCCCCUUCAGGGGCUGGUCGACCGCCCCCACCUCCGCCACCCACUGGUGCUCCUCCCUCUCGACAGCCGACCAUGGAUAGCAUCGUAAGGAAGGUCGACCGUGAAGGCGAGACCGACUAUGAGGGCGAUUACGAUACCGAUAUUGCGUCCGGCGCUACGCAUAAGGAUGCUCUGAAGUCGCAUGUUAGGGAGGCUAGCAUUGGUGACAGCACAUUAGCUGGCGAUGACACCCCCGUUCGCUCUCCCGUCACGCCUUCAGCACCUCCACCUUUGCCUCCGUCGUUGCCUCGUGCUGUACCACCUCCGCCGCCGCCGCAGCCUCCUAACAGAGCUUCGAUGGAUGCCCCCCGAGGAGCACCACCGCUACCGCCGGUUCCGCCGCCGACUCGUGAUGUCUAUGACGAUGAUGAUUAUGAUCCGUACAACACCGCCACCGCCGCAGGCUCGCCCACCGCCCCGUCGAUGCCCCCAGUACCUCCUCCUGUUCCGCAACAGCAGGACGUGGAGUCGGAGGAUGAAGACGAGUUGUAUGCUCCCCCUUCGAGGAAAUCACACGAUCGACCUCCUCCUCCACCGCCGCAGGCUCCUCCGCCUCAGCAUGCACCUUUGCCCCCUCUGGUAGACCGGACAGCACCCGCUCCUCCUCAUGAUCGUGCUGCACCACCUCCGCCGCCGCCUGAGGCGUCCCAGCAGCCGCGGCCUUCGAUGGGUCGAAAGUCCUUGGAUGUCAACCGAUCAAUGCAGGGAGGCCGCACCUCAAUGGACCAGCCUCGCCCAUCAGCGAGCCAAGAGUUCAUUGCAAGCGAUCUCGACUUGGGUGCAUCCAGCCACUGGUGGACUCAGCCGAAUAUGCCGCCUCCUUCAGUCCAAGGGCGCAACGACAUCCUUUACGAGAUGGAUGAAUCUCAAUCAGGCAACUCCUUUGAGAAAGCUGUCUUCGUCUUGUAUAUGGACUAUUCCCAGACCAUCAUCACAGCUCGCUUCCAAGCGAACGAUGUGUCAAAUGUACACCUCGAGCAGCGCCACGACCCACCGCCUAGUCGUUUGCGUCAAGACCAACUCGAAGCAGCCCACGAGCGCUUCGGCAUGCGCAUAGCCAAAGACGUCGAGUCAAAGCAGAACACCGUUGUCGGCAACGGCACGCCGCAUGGGCUGAUUGAGGAGCUUCUCCGCCCAUACAGCGACGCUCUUAAGCCCGUCGGUACGCGCGCCUUCGGCGCCCUCGUCUACGCUAACCUCGCCAACGCGAGCACUCAGCAGUACGAUGAGAUCCGGCCCGGCGAUAUCAUCUCCCUGCGCAAAGCGCGCUUCCAAGGAAAGCACGGCGCCAUGCAUGCCAAAUAUUCCGUCGACGUGGGGAAGCCGGAUCAUGUUGGUGUGGUGGUCGAGUGGGAUGGGAAGAAGAGGAAGGUUAGAGUGUGGGAGCAAGGGAGGGAGAGUAAGAAGGUGAAACCGGAGAGUUUUAGGAUGGAGGAUUUGCGCUCAGGGGAAGUCAGGGUUUGGCGCGUCAUGGCGAGAAGCUGGGUCGGGUGGAGCUAG